AUGGGUGUCUUCACGUUUGUGUGCAGGAGUUCUGGUUCGGAAUGGUCGGCGAAGCAGAUCACCGGCGACCUGGAGGCCUCGGCGGCCUCAACCUAUGAGCUGCAGAGGAAGCUGGUCCAGGCCGCAGCCGCGGCUGAUUCUUCCGGUGGGGUUCAGUCGUCCUUUUCCCUGGUCACCCCCGUCUCCGCCGUCUUCCAGGUUGGCGAACUUUCUUCAUCCGCUAAUCGUAUCAGUUCCCCCGUUCUUUUCUUAUUCUGUGGUAGUCUAAUUAAAUGAGGAUUUGGAUUGAGGAAGAGUGCCCGCGCCCUGUCUUUAAUCAUCGGCUGAUGUCGGAGAGAAAUGUGCUGGUAGUUGCCCCCUCGCGAGCGCCGUAUCUCCGACACUCGACGAAUGUCAAGUAGACGCCUAAACGAGGAGAUCGAACGAUCAAACCGAGAAGCAUGUUUUACUGUGCUGGUUGACGAUGACCUUCAAAUUUUAGUUGCUUAUACUUGUUUCUGUCUGUUGAUAUCGGUAGGAUCAGGCGAGAAAACGCCUUACUCAUUGCUGGCACAGCUUUUCUUUCGGGACAUGGGGGAAUAUAGAUAACUGUAUCUGGAUCGCCUGUGAAAAUCUCACCAGUUACCUCAAACUGGUUAUAAUAGUCUCCCUUGAAUGUUAUGAAUCCGGUGAUUGGCCUGAGGUGAAUUUCCAGCGCGAAUCUAUGAUGGGGUUACAGUUUUGGAGAAGAUGCGGCAAUGAAUGGUUUGGAGUUCCAGAGUCUUGCGUUUUGGGUUUAUACAUGAGAGAAGUCGAACGAUGCUCUCGAAAAUGUAUUUCAUGCAUUUUACGAGUGGAGGAGCACAUCGGGGCCAUUGUUCUAUUUAGACUUGGAUCUACGGAAUUCGAGAGCGAUGUAGGGACAUUUUUCCUUCAAGAAUCUUCAUCAGUUCUUGAUCUGUGGCUGGCGUAGAAAAGCUGGUUAGAAUGUAUGGUUUUCGUUCUCGUUGCUUCCGCUCCAAGAACGCGGCUUGAUCAUGAGAAAUACAGUAUUAGAUCUUGCUCGGAGCUGGCGAAUGAAACAUCUUCACCGUGAAUGAUAUCAGUAAUAUGAAUUUAUCUUCUGUCAUGGGAGUUUGUGGGAAUGCCAAGGGGCUACGGCAUUAGCUGCUGAUGCGUCUGACGCUCUUCGUGCUGCUGGACUUAGGUGAUUAUUGGCGGCGGUGGCGGCGGCGGCGGCUUCAUUGGCGGAGGUGCCGCAGGUGGCGCAGCAGCAGGUGCGGCGGGCGGUGCAGCUGCCGCAGAGGCUCCUCCCGCCGAAGAAAAGAAGGAAGAGAAGGAGGAGAGCGACGACGACAUGGGCUUCUCCCUCUUCGAUUAG